AGUGUCGCUACUGCCUCCAUUUCUCUUCCCUUCUCCUUCCCGUUUCCUCUCAUUACUUGCCUCCAUGUCUAAACUCUUCUUCGCCGCCCUCCCAUUAUUCAUUCUUUCAACUUUAGCCGACGCCCACGUCAACAAUUGCAGAUCAUACUGCGGAAACAUAACCAUCGACUACCCGUUUGCACUUCAACAAGGCUGCGGCCACCCCGGUUUCCGAGACCUCCUGUUUUGCGUGAAUGAUGUGUUAAUGUUCCACAUCAGCUCAGGAUCUUACCGCGUCCUAGAAAUCGACUACGCUUUUCAAUCACUCACCCUCCACGACCCUCACAUGUCAACCUGUGACACCAUCGUCCUCGGCAGCAAGGGCAACGGCUUCGCCGUCGAUCACUGGCGAGCGCCGUACUUCAAUCCAACGGCUGACAACGUGUUCAUGUUAAUAGGAUGCUCGGCUCAGUCCCCACUCUUCCAGGGUUUUCCGGGGCAGCACUUGCCGUGCAGGAAUGUUUCGGGCAUGGGAUGCGAGGAGUACUACGGAUGUCCGGCUUGGAGUUUGGUGGGCCGUAAAGGGGUGGGCAAGAUGUUCGGGUCAGGCCCACCGGAGUGUUGCGCGGUGGCUUUUGAGUCGAUCAAGGUGAUUAAUCUUACGAAGCUUCAAUGUGAAGGGUAUUCUAGUGCGUACAGUCUUGCGCCGUUGCAGAAUGAUGGGCCGAGCGAGUGGUCUUAUGGGAUUCGUGUGAAGUAUUCGGUUCAAGGGAACGAUGAAUUCUGCAGAGCCUGUGAGGCCACUGGUGGCACUUGUGGGUAUGGCAGUGAUGGGGUUAGGCAGCUGUGCAUGUGUGGGAACUUGAACUCCACAUCAAAUUGUGACUCAGUUGGUUCAUCAUCAAGUUCAAGCAGAAGAUCAUGGUCUCUGUUGGAAACUUUUGCAGGAUUUUGUAUGUUGAUGUCAGUGUGGAUGACUGAAACUAUUAUUAAUGGUUGAACUGCACCGGGGCUCAUCAUCAACAUUUUAAGUUUUGAUUAAUGUCCGAGUCGACAGAAGCUAUUAUUAAGGGAAAUGUUAGCAUUAUUUUGGCCAUAGAAUUUAUGUUCUUGGAGUCCUUAUACAAUCACCUUCUCAUUACUUUCAUUAUAUUGUAUUAU